GUGUUAGUUGUACCGGGUGACACGCGUCCAGCCGAAGCCCCGGGGCGACGCUCGUGACGCGUUCGGCGUCUCCAGAGAAAACCUCCGUUCAUCAGCGGACCGGCUUCAGUUAGCAAAGAACGGCACACUGCCUCACAUUAAAAACCUCUAGCCUGUGCUAAAUCACCUGUCACUGGCAUGCGGUUUAAAGGAUACAGGGAGCGUCUAUCUUACUGUUUCGGGCGAUUCGUUUCUCAGAAAAGCAUUUCGCAAGAACCGCGAUUCCCCACAGGUUUUCUUUCUUAAUCUUUACCCAGGUUAUAUUUUCUUCAACAAAUCGGACUUUUGGGUGAACUUUUCUCGACUUGAAUGGAAAUGAAGGCGUCUCCUGCGCUCGUGCUUUGCGUGACCGUUACAGUUCACCUCGCGCUCGCUCAGCUUCAGCUGCGCGUGCGCCCGUCGCCUAGCGACCACCUGCCGGUACCGGACCUGCGCGAGGACCCCGACCCGGCGCUGGAACCGGGAGAGAAGGAUUUGUCCCCUCGGUCGCUGCGGCGUAAGCUCGGCAGCAGCUUCGACCCCGUCUUCUCGUCGGUCGGUCCACCGAAUCCCGGUAACGGUUCGGAAAUCACGCGAGAGGACGACGCGGGUCUCGACGAAGCGUUCCGCCUGCUGGAUUUCACCGGUCUCAGAGCGGCGGCGAAAACGGAGCGCAGAGUGCGCCGGUGGCUGUGGUCGUACACCCGGUGCCCGGUGCUCUCGGCGUGGAAAGAUCUGGGCGUGCGUUUCUGGCCGCGAUACGUCAAAGAGGGGCAAUGCUCAGCCGAACGCUCGUGCUCUUUACCGGAGGGCAUGUUUUGUAAGCCGGUGCGGUCUGUGAGCGUCACGCUCCUCCGGUGGCGCUGCCGGCAGGGCUCGCGCGCGCUCAGGCGCUGCUCGUGGAUCCGCGCGCGCUACCCGGUGAUCUCACAGUGCGGCUGUGCGUGCCUAUAGCGUCAUCUCUUUACGUCUGGGCAUGACUUUACAGGACUUGUUCCUUUCACACACCCUUAUAACUUUGAGAAGGUGACCGGCGGACUUUACGGAGGGAGGGACACGCCCGUGAUUGUGUGUUCUUUUACUGUAUGCUGUCUUAAAUGAAGUUGCUGUGUGGAGCAUGAAGAGGAAAGAAAAACACAAUAAAAUGCUCUCAUCGAUCUCGUAAUGAGUAUCUCGACUGUCCUCCGUGUGAAAAGAUGGGUCUCAGUGUCAUGUAGUCACCUUUGGAAAUGUGCAGAAGAUGCUGGAAAAACAAAGAAUGUACAAGAGCUGGAGGAAUUUUCUGAGGAACAGCAGAAAGCAAAGAAAGGACUCGUGACCCAACAGAAAGGCAAA